UGGUUAAUGAGAUUAGCAGUCCGUCUUAGCCUGCGUCAGUGCAAAGGGGUCAAUCACUGGAUUAUAAUCUUGCUUAAGAGUUGCUUCUGUUUAAUAUACUUUUUUUCUUUUCUUUAUUGCUUUCACUUUCCAAAGCAUGUUCGGCACGUACGAUUGCACUUUAUCCGCAGAUGGGAGUGCUUCUCUCUGCAACAUGCUUCGCCUCGGGACCGAGCGCGUCCGGGCCCUCUGGCGCUGAAUGAAGCGUCUUCCAGGGAGAGAAGAGGAGCCGGGGCAGCUGGAGAAGUGAAGGGCAGUGGGGGCCGAGAUCUCGCCUGCUGUGGCAGAGUCUGAGACUCUGUGCGAAUCAUCCCCAUGCCACUUGUAAAUAACAAAGUUGGCGAUGACUGCGCGGCGAGCGGAGACAAGGCUUUGGCCGAUGGAAAGGCGCUGGUGGACUCGUUGAUGAAGGUUGUGGCUUGCUACCGGCAUUUAGCCUCAUGUGUGGGUGGGUGCACAGACAGCCUGCAGCUCCGCGACGAGUUGAGGCAAACGAGAGAAAAGGCCCAAAAGUUGGCCGGGGACGUCUGCCACCACCUGACCUCACACCUCAGGGACAAGAGCCUGCCCGAUGGACAGCGCAAGGAGAUGGAGCUCCUCUGGGUGGCCUUCUCCGCCUGCCUGGAGCUGCUGCACGUUGACAUGUGCAAAGUUUUGAACAUCAGCGGCAUUGUCUCGCUGGCCGACUCUGCGUCCCUUGUGCACACUGGCCUGGAAGGAGGAUGCAGUGACGUAGCGGCCCGGGCCCUGAGUUUGCCCGACCUGAACCAGGUUCGGACGGAUUCCCUCCCUGCCGGCCUCGAGAGCCAGGAGCGCAGCACCAUGGAGCUAGAGAUCGGCCAAAUUGACCGCAUGAUCGACGACAUGGAGAUGAAAGUCAACGUGCUGCGCUGGAUGGUGGAGCCCCACGGGCCGCUGUACGCAGACCCCCUCAGCAGCACUGACAGCGCCUCCAUGGCUCUGCUGUCCGUAGACGAGGAGCAGCAGGCCCCCACAUCUCAGCCCUUGUGCCAGCGGAGCCACAUGUUUGCGCUCUUACUGCUGCUUGGUGUUUUUUUUGUAGCGUCCACUUUAUCUCUCUGUAUUUUCUUUUUCUCGUGAGCAAGACCUUAAGAAAUUUCAAUCGUUCAUCUUCUUCUGAAGGUGAGGAAAAAUUACUCAACAGCUUAUUUGUGUAAACAGUGUACCAGACUUAAUCCAGAUGCAAGCUAGCAUACAAUUUUUUACACUUAAUCUAACUAAAUGCUUUUUUUUAUUAUUUUAAAAUAGCUUAGGACUUGAUUCAUAAUCUGAAAUUGAGUAUAGCCCAGAUGGUGAAUUUCCAUUUUGUUCUCUGCUGUCUGAAUUGAUCAGUAACAGGUUGGAAAAAUCAACUAGAUUGUCUCCUGAAGUUGGACGUCCCCGAACGACCCUGAACACAGCAUCCAAUAUGGCUGCUGCACAUUAACUUGUUAAAUCAAUAACACAUACUGUAUAUGUAGCAUUGUCACAUUUUUUUGUAAAAAUAUUCCUCUAGGGCCAAAAUUAAAUCAUCUAUUAUUGCUAGCUUGCAAGGCCAAUAACUGUUAGCCUGGUUACUAAAACCAUGUUCUAUUUGUUCUAAAGUUAGACACUGUGAAAACCAAAAUCAAGCACAUCCUUAAAAUCUGAAUUUGUUUGUCUGUAACAGCUACAAAUGCAACAUAUUUGCCACAGAUGUGCGAAUUUGUGACAGUUGCAUAAAUAAGCUAGUUAUUGAUAAGAACUUUUGACAGUUUGUGUCUUGUCAAACCUUUGGUGCACAUAGAGCGGUGGAAAUCUAUUUUUCCAAACAUUUCAAUGUUAUGAACACACUAAAUGAAGAGAAACACGCGAUUGACAGCUUGUGUUGCUACUAGCAGUUGACAAUAAACCAAAGAGCAAAUCUCACUGGAAAUCCCACAGAUUUUCCUGCUCCUAUCUGAGCCGUGCUGUAGUUCGCGGGGAUGUCAUUCCCAUAUCCAAGUCCUUACUUUCAAAGGAAACUGGAGCCAAGGUUUGGUUUUUCUCUGUUAAAUGUAAAAAAGUAAGACAGAGAAGCUAACA